GGAGGGGCCGGGAGUCCGGCGCUUUAUCUUCGUCUGCGGCCGGGCUGGCGGCGUUGCCGGCCUUGGACACCCGGAGAGCUGCCCGGAGCUGACCUUCCUGCCGGCCGCGCUCUGACGGCCCCCGGUUCUGCCUUCCUUGCCGAGGUCCCCGCUGCCGGGCUCCGGCCCCAGCUAACACAAUGGUGGGCGAAGAGAUGUCUCUAAGAAAACGGCUGUCAAAGUCCAGUGACGAUCCUGAAGAAAAGGAAGACCAGGGAAGCCCUGCAAAGCAGGCCCCAGAGACACCUAGUAAUGGCCAGGUUGACAUAAGAGAGUUAAUUGCAAAGAAAAAACAGUUGACAGCAGAGGCAGAGGAAUUGAAGCCAUAUUUUAUGAAGGAAGUUGGCACUCACUUUGAUGAUUUUGUGACCAAUCUCAUUGAAAAGUCAGUCUCAUUAGACAGUGGUGGGUGUGCGCUCACAUCCUUUUCUGUUCUUGGAGCGAACAACCAUAGAGCUAAAGAUCUGAGAGCACCUCCAGAACAUGGAAAGAUUUUUGUUAUAAGGCGAUCUCUCUUAGAUGAGCUGUUCGAGGUGGACCACAUCAGAACAAUAUAUCACAUGUUUAUUGCCCUCCUCAUUCUCUUUAUCCUCAGCACACUUGUGGUAGAUUACAUUGACGAAGGAAGGCUGGUGCUUGAGUUCAAUCUCUUAUAUUAUGCUUUUGGCCAGCUUCCUGUUGUUAUAUGUACAUGGUGCGCCAUGUUCUUGAGUACACUUUCAGUUCCCUACUUCCUCUUCCAACAUUGGGCCAGAGGCUACAGCAAGAGUUCUCACCCAGUGAUCCAUUCUUUCUUCCAUGGCUUGCUUCUCAUGGUCUUCCAGAUCGGAAUUCUAGGCUGUGGACCGACAUAUGCUGUAUUAGCAUAUACACUGCCCCCAGCUUCCCGGAGCAUUGUUAUCUUUGAACAGAUUCGUAUGAUAAUGAAGGUCCAUUCAUUUGUCAGAGAGAAUGUGCCUCGGGUAUUGACUUCAGCUAAGGAGAAAUCAAGAACUGUCCCAGUACCCACAGUCAGCCAGUACUUGUAUUUCUUGUUCGCGCCAACCCUCAUUUACCGGGACAACUACCCCAGGACUCCCACUAUAAGGUGGGGUUAUGUGACUAUGCAAUUUGCACAGGUGUUUGGCUGCUUAUUUUAUAUGUACUACGCCUUUGAAAGGCUCUGUGUCCCCUUGUUUCGGAAUAUCAAGCAGGAGCCCUUCAGUGCUCGUGUUCUGGUCCUAUGUAUAUUUAACUCCAUCUUGCCAGGUGUGCUGGGGCUGUUACUCACUUUUUUUGCCUUUUUGCACUGUUGGCUCAAUGCCUUUGCCGAGAUGUUACGCUUUGGGGACAGGAUGUUUUAUAAGGAUUGGUGGAAUUCCACAUCCUACUCCAACUAUUACAGGACCUGGAACGUGGUGGUCCAUGACUGGCUGUAUUACUAUGCUUACAAGGACUUUCUCUGGUUUUUCACUAAGAGAUUCAAGUCUGCUGCCAUGUUAGCCGUCUUCGCUGUGUCUGCCGUCGUGCACGAAUACGUCUUAGCGGUUUGCUUGAGCUUUUUCUACCCAGUGCUCUUCGUGCUUUUCAUGUUCUUUGGAAUGGCUUUCAACUUCAUUGUCAAUGACAGCCGGAAAAGGCCGAUUUGGAACGUCAUGAUGUGGACUUCACUUUUUGCAGGCCAGGGGGUCAUCCUGUGCCUUUAUUCCCAAGAGUGGUAUGCACGUCAGCACUGUCCUCUGAAAAACGUGAGUCAGCUCUCAGGCUGCAGUGGAGAAGUGACAUGUUUGUCCCCGAUUGUGAGGGUUGGAGAGCAAUUUUAAGGGGAAGGACAUUAG